UACUCUGCCUCCCACACACACACACACAGACGCACGCACACACGCGCGCGCACGUUCUGUGCCACAGCGCUGGAUCAGGCGCCAUAACCCCCCGGCCAGUGCCUGCGGUGCCACGUUAUACCCACGCAGCGUUUUUCUGGAGACGUGGAUGGCGGAUGGUGGAUGGUGGAGCAUCGCCUGCGUGGACGCGCAGCAUCACUGCACUGGCAUCACCCUCCUCCUCCUCCACCUCCUCCUUCUCCUUAAGAGCACGAGCUUUGUCAGCUCAUAAUGAUCAACUCAGUAUAGGCUACAUGUGUAUUAUGAGCAAAGGUUAUUAUCUACUGUCUAUUUCGCCAAAUCAAAGGGUCAAACGUUUUAGCUCCGAGUCUUGCUGAGGGGAUCAGCGGCAGGAGGCGGGAUCGCAGUGCCGUCAGCCAAGCGCUUUUGGAUAGCCUUACUAUUGGUCGGAACCAAUCCCGUUGCGCUCCGCUCUGCUCACUUCCACACUGAAAUCGUGGCAGACGGAUUUUUUUUUUGUUUUGUUUUGGGUUGUUGUUUUUUUCCCCCAACCACAUCACCUUGAACCCGCACUCACGGAGCCUGACAGCAAGCACAAUAUCAUCUUGGCACCGUGGAUCGACACAUGAUGGUGUGAUCCCUCCAUCGUGCGCAGACAGCAGAAGGCCACUCCAUGACAGCAGUCUCGCCUCGCCGUCUUUGCGCAUCAGCUCACUCUGUGCUGUAAGGAAUUAUUAAAAGUGGCGCUUGGAAAAGAAGAAAGAGAAGAAGAAGAUAUUUCGGUCCCGUUCCCCCUGUCCCCCCCACCCCACACACACACACACACACAUACACACACACACACACCACUGGGGCAUUAACGCUGGAACUGGUCGCAGGGUUUACCGGAAUGGCUCGCUGGGGAUUUUAUGGGAUUUUGAUGGGGCUCCUGAAGCUCGGAUCUUCAUGUCCUACAUCUUGUACUUGUAACACCUCGAGGAUCGCGUGCGUCUCUCAGGAACCAGGACUCGAGGAUUUUCCUAUCUUGGUGCCGGAGACCGACAUGGAAAACAUCACCGACAUGUAUAUCACGAAUCAGAAUGGACUAUUUAUACUCAACGAGGACUACAUGAAGUUUUACACAAAUCUCAGGAAUUUAACAAUAAUCAACACUCAACUGAUGUCUGUAUCUACAACAGCCUUUGUCUACAAUUCCAAACUUCAGUAUUUGGAUCUCAGAGACAACAGACUGUCAACACUGUCAUGGACAGCAAUUCGCAAUUCCAACAUGUCGACUCUGCUGCUGGCUGGGAAUCCACUGCAGUGUACAUGUGAGAACAUGUGGAUCAAGUCGUGGUUGGAUCUGAGUGAGCGAGAUCAACUCCAGUGUGUGCAGGAAGGCGGGAGGCUGAGGAUCCUCUCCAAUAUCACUGUCCCUUCAUGUGAGUUUCCACAGGUAGAGGUUGUCCCUCCUGUUGUUAACCAGAUGGCAGGAAGUGAUGCGACAGUGGUGUGUAGCGCUUCUGGAUCUCCUGCACCUGUGCUUUUCUGGAAUUUGAACACCACUGAUCAUCCACCACUUACAACCAGCCAUGAGAUGCACACAACUGACCUGCAGUCUAUGCUGGCACUGAGGAACCUCUCCCACAGCGACAAUGGCCGAGAGAUCACUUGCAGCGCUGAGAAUAUUGUGGGUCAGACUGAGUCCUCUGUCAUCCUCAAUAUCCUCUUCCCCCCGAUUAUCCUGGACCUGGACAAGCCCAUGCGCAACCAGGAUUGGUGCAUCCCAUUCAGUGUGACGGGGAACCCCAAACCUGUGCUGCUGUGGUACCACCAGGGCCAACCCCUGGAGGAGCAGGACUACAUCAAGACUCAGAUCCACGAGUCGACGGAGAGCGAGUACCAUGGCUGUCUGCAGCUUGAUAUCCCCACGCACAUCCACAAUGGUGUCUACACGCUUGUGGCCACCAACGAGUACGGUGAAGACCAGAGGAACAUCACCGCGCACUUCAUGUUCAUCCCUGACGUGGAGCACUCAGGGGCAGGGUUCUACUACGACACAACUGACAUUCCAGAAAUCCCAGGAAGUCAAGAGGGCAAGGUGGCUGUUUAUGCUGUGGUGGGGAUCGCUGGGGUUGCGCUCACUGGGUGCAUCUUGAUGCUGAUCUUUCUGAAGUACGGUCGAAGCUCAAAGUUUGGGCUGAAGGGGUCCUCCUCAGUAAUCAGUAAUGACGACGACUCAGCCAGCCCACUCCACCAUGUCUCCAAUGGCAACAACACACCGUCGUCCUCUGAGAUGGGCCCAGACGCUGUCAUCAUCGGCAUGACCAAGAUCCCGGUCAUCGAGAACCCGCAGUACUUCCGUAAUCCUGGCAGUGUGCUGAAAUCGGACACUUUUGUGCAACAUAUCAAACGGCACAACAUAGUCCUGAAGAGAGAACUAGGAGAGGGAGCUUUUGGGAAGGUGUUCCUCGCCGAGUGCUACAACUUGUCACCAGACCAGGAGAAGAUUUUGGUAGCUGUCAAGACGCUGAAAGAGGCGAGUGAAAGUGGGCGGGCCGACUUCCACCGAGAGGCGGAGCUUCUGACCAACCUGCAGCAUGAGCACAUCGUCACGUUUUACGGCGUGUGUGUGGAGAGCGAUCCCCUCAUCAUGGUGUUCGAGUACAUGAAGCACGGAGACCUCAACAAGUUCCUCAGGGCUCAUGGUCCAGAUGCGAUUUUAAUGGCAGACGGGCAGCAGAGUUUGCUGGUGGAGCUGACUCAGUCGCAGAUGCUGCACAUUGCUCAGCAGAUCGCAGCCGGCAUGGUGUAUCUGGCCUCACAGCAUUUCGUUCAUAGAGAUCUGGCCACACGCAACUGCCUGGUGGGGGAGAAUCUGCUCGUGAAGAUCGGAGACUUCGGCAUGUCCAGGGAUGUGUACAGCACAGAUUACUACAGGGUGGGCGGUCACACCAUGUUGCCCAUCCGCUGGAUGCCUCCCGAGAGCAUCAUGUACCGGAGAUUCACCACAGAGAGUGACGUGUGGAGUUUGGGCGUGGUCCUGUGGGAGAUCUUCACCUACGGCAAGCAGCCCUGGUACCAGCUCUCCAAUAACGAGGUGAUCGAGUGUAUCACACAGGGCCGGGUUCUGCAGAGGCCUCGUACCUGCCCCAAAGAGGUGUACGACCUGAUGCUGGGCUGCUGGCAGCGUGAACCGUACAUGAGACUCAACAUUAAAGAGAUUCACAAUCUGCUCCAGAGCCUGGCCAAGGCUUCACCUGUUUAUCUGGACAUCCUGGGCUGAACGUCUGUGUGUGUGUGUGUGUGUGUGUGUGUGUAUGUGUGUGUACAAAAAAAUUGGGCUUAAAUGUUCUUGCUUGUGCUUCUGCCUCUUUACCACAUAGACUAAAGGCCUUAAAGUUGAUUGCAUACAUUUCUGCAAAUUUUUUUGGGAUAUCCGUAUCCUCCCUGCUUCGAAUUGAAUUUUUUUGAGCUGUGUGUGUUUCAACGACGAACAAAGGGAAUCAGGCAGACCGUUGUAAAUACUCCUGGAAGUUUUAGGAGGCUUUUCAUUUUUUCUUAUUUUUUCGCAGUGACUGGAGGAAUGAUUAGCCGAAGUACAAGCAAAACUAAAAGCAAAAAAAAAAAAAAAAAAGCAAAAAAAACUAACAAAAAAAACAAACAAACAACAACAAAAAAAACACAUUUAACAGAAAAGGCCUAUGCUUAAGUGUCAGAGAUGACAGACAUUUGUGAAACCUGGACAGUUUGGAAAAAGGGAAAACAUUUUUGUGGAAUUUAUGGUCCUUUGUUGCCAUCAUGGUGCCAUUCUUUUUUUUUUUUUCUAAUUUACACUUCCAAAAAAAUGGAAAAAUCUCAAUUUAGAGUCCUGAAAGGCUCAUUUAUUAGCACAACGUUGUCGCUGUCCUGGCCGCGAGUGUGGACUGCAAUACAACUGCUCAAGCUGGAGGACCACCAGAAUACAUUCUUUUAAAAAAAAAGUUUAAUGGAUUAAGAAAUAAUGGUGGAAUGAAGCUUUUUUUUUUUUGUAUUUUUAAGCGAAGCACAGUGGAAAAAUGUUGAAAAGUCUUAACUCUGGUUAACCGUCACUGUAAAGCAGUUGUGCAGAUGUCAGGACGGCUAUUAGUUCAUCUGUUUCUUGUCAAUCUUUUUGUGGUUUUGGUGAGAGCACAGUGGCAAAAGUCACCAGCAGUGGAACUCCAUGUGGAUGAACGGACCGCCCCAAACACAAGGGCAAUUUUUUUUCGUCUGUAUCAUGGUCAUCAUCAUAGUCCUGGUGGUUAGAGCAAUGACACGAUGAGAGGAUACUCAGUGGCAAAAAGUGACCACAUUUAUACUCCACGCUGUUGCAUUUGAUUUUAGGAGUCAAGGUGAGUUUUUAUGAAUGACAGACAUGUCUAACCAAUACAAGGAGAUGGAUUUCAUUUGCACUUAUGAUUAUAAUCAUAAAUCAUAAAUAAUUACUUAUUGGUUUUUAUAGGCUCUGUUAUUUACUAUGGGAAAAAAAUGCUUUAAAUGUGCCCUUUGCUAUGUUUUUUUUUAUUAUUAUUAUUUGAAAGCGGGCAGUUUGAAAGCAUUCGAUUUUGGUGGGCACUGUGAUGUGACAUGAGCUGGCCUUCCCUGAGGUCACCACCAGGAGAUAAAGACCCUAUGAAGGGAGCCAGGAUUCAGUGUGUGUGUGUGUGUGUGUGUGUGUGUGUGGUUGAGUCCCACCUGCUUUGUGAAAAGAGGAGGAUAUUUCCAGGAAGACUUACUAACCCUACUACACUCAUAAAUCACGCUGUCUUGAGUGAAUAAUUAGAUCGAAAUGAUUUAAUUGGUUAGUUCUGAAUAAACCCCGCCUCCUCCUGGUUAUAUUUCAUUAACUCAUAGUAAGUCCUCCUGUACACACAUCUUCUAAUCUUCUAUAAUUCGGUGGGCAUCCUCUCCGCUAGCGAUCUGUGCAAUCAAAAUGUAAAUGCUCAUCAGCUACAUUUACUGUCCUUCGUACUCUGAUGUCGAACUCUUUCUGGGCGAUAAAACUCGAAUUUUUUUUUUCACAAGUAAAAAAAAAAAAAGAGAGAGAAA